CGCGCUGGGAAGCACCCAGCAGAACGUGCGCGGCCGCGGGAGGGGCCGAUAGAAAAUGGCGAGUCUGUGCAAAAGGCAGCAAUGCACGAUCGAGAGGCGCGGCUUUCGGCAGGAACUUGACUCGUGGCGGCAUAAACUCAUUCACUGUGUAGGGUUUGAAAGCAUCUUGGAGGGACUCUUUGGGCCAGGACUCAUAAAAGAUCUUACCCUUUUUCAAGAUUGCGAGCCCGAAGGCGUGUCAGACUGGUCGUUUGAUGAAAAUUGUCUUUUCUGCUGCUUGAGACGAGAGAAGGUGAAGGAGCACCUAGUCAGCCUAAACAGCCAACUUUUACUGUCUGGAGACAUCUGCAAGCAGGAACAGUCCAAAAUUAACAGGCUCGAGAAGCAAGCGGAAGAGUUCCUCAAUGCUGUCUUUUACAGAAAAGCAGACAUCCCAAGCUUCUCGGACCCCCACAUUCCUCUAGUGGCUCGCGAGAUAAUGCAGCGAAUGAUCCGGCAGUUCGCUUCUGAAUAUACCUCAAAAACCAGCUCUUCUCAGGACACUCCCCAGCCCAACGGCACCAAGGACCAAAGCCUGCCGAAAGCGCCCUCGCCCGCCGCGCCCGCCGCGCCCCCCGCUUCUGCCGCCGCUGCCUCUGCACAGAACCCCGUCCUUAGCAAGCUUCUCAUGGCCGACCAGGACUCCCCACUGGACCUCACCAUCAAGAAGCCAGACCCCGAAACCCUGGAUCAAGAUGGAGUGCUUGAUCUUUCCACCAAAAGAGGUCACAACACCGGGGGCGUCUCCGUCAAAAACUCUCAUGGCUGCUCCACAGCGCCAGUAGUGAAAGGUGACUUCCAGAAUUUGAGCCCAGAGAAAGCGAGGGAUCUGCAGUCUGUGUCAUCCCUGAAGCAGUUCAUGGCCAAACUGUGUCCUCAUCAUCAGAGGCAGAUUGUUAAUGCUUUGGAGUUCCUGCAAACAGAAGUCAGUGCCCUGAACACCCCAUGUUCUCUGAAAUCACCUGCUGGUGCUCUAGCCUUGGAGGAGACUGUAGUGAUGGACUCUGGCCCCAUGUCUAAGUCAAGAAACGUUGUGGACCUCUCCACUGCUGAAGCUGUGCUGGUGCCUGGUAUCUCAGCUCCUCAGGCUUGCUCUAGUCCAACUCCUCAGCAGGUAGACUCACACAUCUCUGAGUCUUUAAAACAUCUGUCUCCCAUAGAUUUUAUGGAUCAAGGAGGCAUACAACUUAAUGAGCAGGCAGAAGGAGAUCCUGGCUCUAAUGUACUCAGUGAUGUGAAGAACUCUUUGGUUGGGCUUUCAAACUCCAGUCACACUUUGGUUGGCACUUUGGAGGAUAAUCAGUGCAGUUCUAAAGCCUCUUCAGACCAGAGCACAGAACCACUCCACACAGCAUGUGACCCUUUUGACUGCCCUAUGGGAAGCAGUUCCCAAGGAGAUGCCAAAGAUUUGCUCACAAACCCUAAUCCAGUCAAAAGGACCUCAAAGUCCAUUUCGCCGGCAUCUCCCAGGACAGCUAGAAAAAGUUGUAAAGGUCCUCAUGCUCAAACCAAGGACUCUUCUAUUCGACAGGUGAUAAAUGACCCUGAUAUCAAUUAUGACAUUGUGUACAUUAGAAAACCCAUAACGGAGAUUGAGCUUGAACCGAAGAAACACAUCUCCCCACGCCGCACUGCUCGGAAGAGCACUAGAGGCUAUAACUUUGUUGAGGACUUUUUGGAACUGAGAACUGUUCGUACACUUGCUAGAAAGUCUUCUGAAAUCCAGAGAAAUGGCAAUUGUCCUACUCCAGUGGCAGAGGUUGAAACUGUGACCCCCAAACAAGCAUUUUCCAAGCCUGAUGCAAUCCCACCCGUGGAUGUACCAUUUGUCGGUGGUUGUGGAGAGACUGCCGGUGAAGGAGCACCUACCGAGAAGGCAGUUGAAACCAAACAUACCGGAGAUGGUGUGACAGAGGGGACGGAAGCAGAUCCAACUGUAGAAACUAGUCAGACAGAUCAGCCAAGACCUAGAGGGCUGACGCCAUCUUCUCCGCAAGGAGAUGAAUCUCAACCUAGUGUGGAACUCGAUCCAAUGGGUCAAGCUUCACCUAGAGGAGACGUGUUCUCCUGCCUUUACGAGGAUGAAUCACAGCUCAGAGUAACGACUAAUGAAACGGGAUCGCUUCAACCUGAAGGUGAGAAAUAUGUCUCUUCUCAGGAGUCAGAGUUAGUACCAGAAGAGAAUCUUAAACUGGAUUUUGUCCCAGACCGUAAAAGCAAGGAUGAGGGCUCUGAAAAACACAAAAAGGAAACUGUGAUCCUGCUUUCUGAUCAGCCAGUGAGCGUGACAAAGCACGCACAAGACAAUUCAGUACCCUCAAACAUCACUGAUGCCAGUGAAUCCAUUCCAGCUGUAGCACCAGAGGAAGAUCCCUUCCUUAUCAGGCCAGUUACAGCUUUAGAUGGAAGUUCUCAAGUAACACUGGAAGAAUAUUGUGCUGAUGUAGAAGGAAUUAGCUCAUGUAGUGAUGUGCAAGUGACAAUUCUGCAUCAGUCAGAGAAUGAGGAGUUGAACAUGUUGACGACAUGCCUUGGAAACAAUACAGAGCCCGUAGCAACUGAAGAGCAAGAAGAUACUGAAACUGAGGUCACAAGUGGAAAAGAUGAGACUGAGGAGAAGCUCCCUUCAGUGAUAGACUCUGCUCUAAGAGAUGAUGUGAGUGAGCCCAAAUUUCAAGAAAUGAUUGUAUGUAACAUCCCAGAAAAAAGUCAAAGCUUAAAAGAGAAUGGCAGUAAAAAUUCUGAUCGAUGUUUGCGAAGUAGGGUCCAAUCUGUAACACCUUCCAGAACCGUCAAGAGAACUUCUAGUUCUAUUAAAGGUUUUCAAGAAAAUGAUCCUGAAAGUACUGCAUCUGAACAGUCACCAGUUACCAGAACAGUACCAUCUGAUUGUUUGCCCACUGCCUUUGAUAAGACAGUUCUGGAAAGUGCUGAGGUUCCUAUAAAUGAAAGUCAAGCUUCAUACUCCAAAUCCAAUGAUUGCCAGGUGGAAGACAAUAGGGUACAAACAAGACAAAACUACAAAUCUGUGUCUCAUGAGGAGCCUGGGAAGAAUGGGGGCAAUGAGUCCAUCAGUACGAUUGAUGGUACAAACUUUCAAAAAAGAGAAGCAAAUAUCUCUGAAGAAAUUGCAGUUGCGACUGAUUCAGUGAAAAGUGACAUUCCAGACCUUGGCAAUAAUGUAGCCUCUGAAGGGGUUUCUUUGGAAGAUGUGCCCAUGAGGAGAGAGAGUAAACGAAUAGCUAAAUCUGUUAAUUCUGGUAUCUUAAAUCAAUCCAGUCAAGUGGUUCUUAGAUCCCAGUCUUCAAAGGCUUCUGGAAGACCAGGGGAAAUCUCUGCACACAAGACAAAUGAACGCAGACAUGUUGGCUGUUCUGUCAAAGCAACAGUGGGAAAAGGCUUACAACCACAGAAAAGUGUUUCAGAUUCUUCUGGAAUCCAGAGCCUUGAAGUGACUGCAGAAAACUCUCCAAAGUUUUUGGAAGCUCUGAGGGGAGAAGAGACUCAGCAGCUAAUCGGUAAGCUAAAUACCAGGUACGACAAGAUGCAGAAGGGAUGGAUCCAACUAGACAAAGAUGGGCAGGCAAUUUCAAGGCCACGAAACAAAGCAGACCGACUGAAAGAUAUAUGGAAGAGCAAACGAAGGUCGCGGAAGCCGAAAUUUUGCGAUGGGCAAAAAUACUCUCCAGUACAGAUGCUCUUCAUGAAGACAUUUGACCUUGCUACAGUCUGCCACUGGUUUUUACAAUCCACUGAAACAAGGUCACUUGUCAUUGUUAAAAAGGUCAAUAAGCGCCUCCCAUCUGAAGCUCAGCUUGGUUUCUACGGUUCCUCUGGCUUGGCAAGUAACUCCCGAGCUCUCUUCCCUAGCUUACAAGCUGAACGUUUAAAAAAGCAUCUAAAAAAGUUUCCUGUUGCUUCCCCAGUCAAAAGCAACCUCAAGAACCAGCAGCUCAUAGCUAAGACCCGGGAGCACAGUGGCUUUUCUGGCAAGGAGUCUGUAAAGACGGAAUUGACAACUGCUACACGAAUCUCCACUAAACCCAAUCCCCAGCAUCCACCAUCCCGCUCACAGGCUGCAGCAAGUGCUAAUCUCCCUGCUAGGUCCCGGAUUCUAAGGAAAUAUUCCAACAUCCGAGAGAAACUGCAAGGACAACGACAGAAACUGCAGCCUGGCAAAAACACCUCUGUGAAAACUGUACUCUCGCCACAGCCCAAAAUAAAAUCUCAUCCCCAGGCAUUAAAAAAUACUUCACAAGAUAGUAAAUUAAACAAGAACAGAGACCAGAAAGCGAAGAAGCCAAUGACCCCUUCUAGUAAAAAACAGCUUGCUAGUGAUGUCGGUCAUGGAAAACAGGCUAAAAGCAGAAAUGACAGACUGUUGAUAGAUGGCAAAGAUGACAAGAUGCCGGCCAGGGCUGCUCCAUCGUCACGAUCGGCUGCAAAACCGUCUUCGUCAGUAACUUCGAAAUCCAAAGGUAAAGCUGAAGAUCAAAUCGCGGCAAGCAAAAAGGCAAAUGUCUGCGGGGUGCAAAAACUGAAUCCAGUGAAGAUGAGCUCUAGAGAUCCAAAAGAGCUGAAGAAACAAGGUGACAGUAGCGUCAAAGAGAUCGGGUGCUUCAAACAAACAAAAGUGGAUGUGGCACCAUCUCCCUCAAAGGCCCAAGUGCUGACUAGGUCACAACGGAAGAUGGAGGCCAUGACGACACGGACUGCACCCACGAAACCUGACCGAAAACGUACCUCAAAUGUAGAGCCUCCUCCCUUUCCAGCCAAAAUGACCAGAAAAUCUCUUUCAAAAACAGAAUCCUGCCCAACAGCAGAAAAUGGACUCCUGCUGUGAUCAACAGGAGAUGGUCAACAAAGGCAUGGAUUGUUUUGUAAGAAAAUAGUUGAACUAUUCGGAAGUGUUGUAUUCUUACAAAGAAACAGAUACAGAUUGUGUGUGUUUUUUUUGUUUUUUUUUUGCUGUUUUCACAGUUUGCUUAAUCGUUCAAAGCUGUAAAACAGUAGGAUAGUAGCAAUAGAUUACAGGGAAUUUUUUAAUUUUAAAACCUGUUGUGAUUUUGGAAUGCUUGCUAAUGUUGAGCGUUGGUGAAUGUUUUUCAGUGAAUUUUGCUGUUAAAAUGUAAAAAAUUUAUGUUCCUUUAUUGCACACUUCUUGGAAUCAGCAGAGAUUGCAUUGAGGAGACUGUAUCUGGUGCCUUAACGAUGUGUUUCGGAUGAUAUUGUGUGUUGCUGAAGAUGCUGGCAGAAUUUUGUUUUCAUUUGUUGCACACAUUUAUUGUAGAUGGAGCUAGAAAAUGGUGUCCAUGCAGAGAAUCCUUUGGGGAGUUGCCUCUUUCUGAUAUUGUGGCAUGUUGGUUAUUUUUUAUUUAAACGUUAUUGAAGUAACAUUUUAAAAUCUUGUACCUUCAGAAUAUUCAGGUUAGUUUUUUCCUUCUUCAAAUUUUCUGGAAUUUGUCGGAAAACUGCACGGAGGGGCUGAUUAUUAUUCAAUCACAAUUAUGUAAGUGACCCAAGGGGUAUUUUAUAAUAUAAUAAUGUCCGUAGCAGUUGUUUCCAGUGUGCCAGUCAGAGCAGCGUUUCAUGGAAUGACCGUGUGACACAAUCCUUUGUUUCUUUGGGUUUAUUUAUUUUGUUUUUAUUUCAGAAUAAUUUAGCUUGGCAUUAAGGUCAUUGUCUUGUUUAAGAUUACCCCUGGCUGGCCCUUCCUUUCUUUGCAUAUUUAUUAUUUUCUUCCUCGUGUAGGUGUUAAGCCAGAUGGGGGAAAAAAUAGAAAAUUCUUAACUGUGUGUGUAAUCGGCUGUGAAGUGUGCUAACCCUCCAGUUAACAGCGGAUGCCGUUUGAGGUCUUUGCUACUUUUGUAAUUUACUUAGUCUCUUCCGACAAUGUAUUUUGGUAACCAGGGAAUUCAAAGUUAAUAAUUUGAAGAUGGCUAAUUGUCAAACAUUUUUUUCCCCCCCCCGUUUUGAAGCUUGCAGACAAUGUCAAGCGCUUGGUCGUCUGGAAUGCUGGAGGGCCUGUUUUUGUCCCUUGAUAAAAAAAAAAAUGUUAGAUUCUUCUUUGUCUGUGUGUCUGUGUUUGUGCGGGUGUGUGUCUGUGCACGCGCAUGUGUGCACUCGUGCAUCUGUGUGCGCAUGUGUGUGCGCGCGAGAGAGAGACCCAGGCAUCUCGGGGAGAGAAGAAAAGAUUCAGUGUCCCAUAAAAUUCUGGGCUGUGAGACUGUCGUACUGGAACCAUUUGUUAAUAUACAAAACCUAAUGGGGAGGGUGGAGAUGGUUCAUACAGAGGUCAGUAGGCAUAUCUGUAGGUGGUUACAUGUUUCUCCUGAACUUUAACCCAGUAUGGUAAAGGUAAUAUAUUGCUCAGAUAGUAUAUUAGAUAUUCCCGAGACUGGUUUGUGUUGGUUGUGUUGGUCAGAAAUGGUGGUGACCCCUCAUUGUUGUUCUAGACCUGACCACAACAUUUGGUAACCCAUCUCAGAAGACAGAAGAUCUGAGUGUCCAAAGAUAUCCUGAUGUUUGUGAGGUUUAGUUGCGUGAUUGCUAAUUUUUCUGUAAAUGAGAGUAAUAAUAUAUAUAUUUUUUAUUUUUAUAUAUAUAUAUACAUAUACAUAUACAUAUGUGUGUGUGUAUAUAUGUAUAUAUAUAUAUAUGUGUAUAUAUAUAUGUAUAUAUAUAUAUUAUACGCAUAUAGCUGUAUGUGCAUAUAAAAUGUUUUCCUGUCUUCGUAGUAUGAGGAAUAAAAAUGGAAGCUUGUUCUCAGGUUGUCUUGUCUCCGUAUGGGCGGGACAGAUCAAGAUGGCUUCAGAAUGGAUGAGUAGGGCCCCAUUUAAAAUGCAUAAGGCGUGGGCCUCUCCCCCGUUACUUAUUUACAUAUUUAUUGUUCCAUCUAAGCCGUGCGUGUGACUCCAGCAUUUUCUGAUCUGCAUUCGAUAUCCUAACACGCAAAAUACACCAACAGUAAUUAAUCAGCCCGGUCCAUUUUUACUUUGAAGUAAUGUUUUUCACAUAUAUUUUCACUUUCAAAUUUCCUAUAAAGAUGUAUAAGCUAUCACUAUAGAAAUGCAUUAUGAGUCAGCUGGGAAUGUAAUCAAAUGUGAUUAUGUAUUAACAAUGUGUUUAUGGGACUGUGUACUUUUGUAGAAUGAUAUCACCAAGCAGUAGCAUUUCUGGAACGCUUCUAGAAUUUCAGCCAUUUUGAAAUUCUUAAAAUAGAAUUCUUGUUCCUGAACCAUUAAGCAUUGAGUUUUGAUUGAGUCUUUCACUAAUAUAAAGGGCUCGUUCCCUUGUUUCUCUUUUAGAAUCUCGAGUCCUGUCGGGGGGGGGGGGGGGAAGGGAGCUAUACCCCAGUGCUUUAGACAAAAAAGGAAAGAGGCCAAGGGGGGAGGAUGCAUUAUAUAUUAUGGGUUCAGUCUAUAAAUCACAAUUUCAUUAAAUGCUGUGAACUCUGGGUUUUGGAUGCUCUCUUGGGAGGUUCAGGCUGCCUGCUCACGCUGCCACCUCAUCUUGCCAUCCUCCCGCUCUCAUUUCCCUCCACAGGACACAGCACAUCGCACAUCCGCGCGGCUCUUUGAUUUAUUUGAUAUUUUUAUUUUCUGUCCCAUUGUGAGCUGAUUUAAAUUCUUCAAUAGUCGCUUGACUUUUAGGUUUUAAUUGUGUGGAAUGCAAUGAGGCAGCCUAGUUUUUAGACAGGUUUUAUGCAACAGAGUGUGGGGUGAGAAGCGUAUGUGUUUUAUGUGCUGGUUGUGUUUGGCUGUGGGUUUUUAAUUUAAUGUUUUUUUUUUUUUUUUCCUUUCUUUAAUGUGAACACCCGCUUGGCUAAAAGCACCCAUUUGCUGAUGUCGUCUUGCCUGGUAUGCUUACCGCAUGCUUUGGAACUGAAAAGCCAUAGAUGUGUAGUUACUAUGUAUAGAUAUAUAUAUAGUACUUCUAUAUAGAUGUGACACCAAUGGAAAGAUGUUUUAAAGAAAAAAUGUGAAUGCCUAUGUUUCAUUUUGCUCCCUGCAUUUGGUUGUGUUGCUUUGGCUCAGCUUGUACAGUGGCGUGGAUGAAUCUGGUUCUCUACCUUGCUUUUGUGUUGUUAUCAGUCGAGCAGACAGAAAAAGGUCCUAUAUGAUACGAGGUUAUAUUUGUAAAUCUGACCAAGGAAAAGAAUGUCUGUGAGAACAGAGUGCUACUCUAGUAGGUCUAUAUCUGUGCUUGUAUGUCUUGGAGCACUGGCAUUCCGGAUCCUUGGGAGUGUUGUUCGGUUGCCCCCCCCCCCCCAUCCCCGUGUCUUGUAGCGCGUCCGCUCUGCAUUACAUCCACAGGUUGUUUCCUUUUCCCCGCACUGUGCCUAUUUUAAUUGCAACUUAUUAAAAUAUUGCUUAAAAAUGUC